AUGGUUCAAGUUGAAGCCUCCUUAUCUGGAUCUGUUGGGCAAGAAGUUCCCAUACCCAAGAACGCAACAGCUGAGACAGAGCCAAAGAAAAUUAAGCAACCUGAUAUGGACGAGGAGUAUGCUGCUGCAGAAAAACUAAAUAAGGAACUUGUUAACACAGAAUUUGCUCCCAUUACGGAGCCCAGUCACCGUCGUGUGUCAAAAAAUACCGCCGGUGGAAUGUUGUUCCAAUUUGAGGAUGAACCUUCUUAUUACUACGUAGUCACAACCUACAUCUCUUAUUUAGUUCUUAUUAUAAUUGGUCACGUUCGAGACUUUUUUGGUAAGCGAUUUCAUAAAGAUGAUUACAAGUAUUUGAAGGAUAGCGAUGGUUAUGCGCCCCUGUAUAAUCAUUUUGAUAAUUUUUAUGUUCGACGACUCAAGUUCCGUAUCAAUGACUGCUUCAGUCGACCUACUAUGGGUGUUCCCGGUCGUAUGAUUAAACUGAUGAAUCGUUAUUCCACUGAUCAUAAUACUACCUUCAAACUUACGGGAGAUACGUCAAUGACUUUAAACGUGUCCUCUUAUAAUUAUCUCGGAUUUGCCCAGAGCCAUGGACCUUGUGCUGAGGCCGUUGAAAAGGCUAUUCGUAAGCAUGGACUCUCUACUUGUAGUGCCAGUACAACUUGUGGCAAUUAUGGAAUUCACUUGGAAGUCGAAGAUUUGGCUGCCAAGUUUGUAGGUAAACCUGCAUCCCUUAUCUUUUCUCAAGGAUUUGGAACUAAUUCUACCGUCUUUUCUGCUCUUAUGGGACCUGGUUCCCUUAUCAUUUCAGAUGAAUUGAACCAUAGUUCAAUUCGUUUCGGUUCUCGUCAGUCUGGUGCAAAUAUCCGCGUUUUUAAGCAUAAUAAUAUGGUCGAUUUAGAACGCGUUUUGCGUGAGGUUAUUUCCCAAGGUCAGCCACGUACCCACCGUCCCUAUACAAAGAUUUUAGUUGUCAUUGAAGGUUUGUAUUCUAUGGAAGGUAAUUUCGCUGAUUUGCCACGCAUCAUGGAGUUGAAGAAACGUUACAAAUUUUAUUUGUUUAUUGAUGAAGCUCACUCUAUUGGUGCAAUUGGUCCUCAUGGUGGUGGCAUUUGCGAUUACUUUGGUAUUCCAACUACUGACGUGGAUAUUCUGAUGGGUACCUUUACCAAGUCUUUUGGAGCUGCUGGUGGCUAUGUCGCAUCUUCUGUGGAAAUUGUGAAUAAGCUUCGCGUGACCAACCCAGGAUACGUUUAUGCGGAAUCCAUGAGUCCGGCCGUUUUAGCUCAAAUUAAGAGCAGUUUCUUGGAGAUCAUGGAUCACUCUCCUAGCUCAAUUGGUUUGGAAAGAAUUGAACGUUUGGCUUUUAACAGUCGUUACAUUCGCUUGGGUUUGAAACGUUUGGGAUUUGUCAUUUACGGAAACGACGACAGUCCAGUUGUUCCUUUGCUUUUGUACAAUCCCGGUAAAAUCAAUGCAUUUUCGCACGAAAUGUUGAAGCGGGGAGUCUCCAUCGUGGUAGUUGGUUAUCCAGCAUGCCCAUUAUUAACUUCAAGAGUAAGGUUUUGCUUUUCAGCCGCUCAUAACAAGGCCGACUUGGAUUAUAUUUUGAGAGCAUGCGACGAAAUCGGAGAAAAGCUUCAGUUGAAACUGUCAUCUGGAGCUGCGGGUGAAGAUGUUGGAAAAACCAAUGUCGAUAAGAUCAAGAAAAAACAAGGUUGGUAUAGUCCUCCUCGUUGGUCGAUCGAAGAAGUUAUUUCCCAUGGUGUUGAGGAUACCUUGAAGCAAUGA